AUGGACAAGCCUCGACCGCUGUGGCAGAAGCGGUGGCCAACGCUCUCGAAGGUGAGCUACGCGAGUGAAGGCAAGCGAAUUGCCGUUACUACUACAGUGGAGCGGCAGCAAGCGGUGCAGAGCGACAACUACCAACUCGUGAUCGUCGGCACUGGCUGGGCCGGCUACCAAAUGUUCACGGAGUGCUCCAAGUAUCUCUCAGACAUUGAGAAGAACUUGGGCGGCAGGGACGUCGACAUCGUCGUGGUCUCCAUGCGAAACCACUUCCUGUACACGCCUCUGCUAGCGAGUACAACCGUGGGGACGCUGGAAUUCCAGUCCAUUACGGAGCCAAUCCGCGACGGCAUGUUCCGGCACGAAGGCCACUUCCACCUGGCAAGCGUCAAGGAGAUCGACCCCGAGAAGAAGGAGCUGUUCGUCAAGUCGGCGCUGGGCUCUCGUCGCGAGUACCCUAUCAAGUAUGACACGUUGGUGUUGGCGUGUGGCUCCCGACCGCUGACUUUCGGCCUACCAGGCGUUGAAGAGCACGCGUUCUUCCUCAAGGAGAUCCACCACGCCCAGAAGAUCCGCAACCGCAUCCUCGAGAACUUCGAGGUGGCCACUCAACCGGGCGUCACUCCCGAGGAGAGGGAGAGGCUGCUGCAUUUCGUAGUGGUGGGUGGGGGCCCCACAGGUAUAGAGUUCUGUGCCGAGCUCUACGAUUUGGUGCUCCAAGACCUCCGACACAUGUACCCGGACGUGUCCAAGUACCUGGGCGUGACUCUGUUGGACUCUGGUGAAAUCCUCAGCGGGUUCGACAAGCAGCUACGCACUGUGGCUCUCAGCAAGAUCGAGUCGCGCAGUAGUAUGCGGAUCAUCAAGAAGAACUGCAUCGAGGUCACGGCUGACGGUGUGACGCUCGAAGGGGGCGAAAAGCUGCCUGCGGGUCUCGUCGUCUGGACUGCGGGAGUGGGUCCCAACGCGCUCACCAAGUCGCUCACGGUCUUCGAGAAGAGCAGGCGCGGCAACAUCCUGACCAACCAGUACUGCCAGGUACUUGGCGCCGCUGAGGUGGAGACGGAAGCUCCGUUAGGAAUGCCGCGUCGCUCGAACGUCUUCUCUAUUGGAGACUGCGCUGAGAUCCUGGAUUACCCGCUACCAGCGACGGCGCAAAAGGCCCAAACGCAGGCCGACUACCUCACGGCGCUACUCCGUGGCAAGAAUGCGGCCCCGGCCAAGCCGUACACGUUCCGGAGCAAGGGGAUGGUGGCGUAUCUGGGCUCGUACCAAGGACUGUUCGAAGCGCGACCGAGAGAGGACAACAAGAUCACGCUCACUGGAUGGCAGGCGUGGUUCCUGUGGCGCAGCGCGUACCUGACGAAGCUGGGGAGUUGGCGGCUCCGGUUGCAGGUGCCGCUCGACUGGCUGAAAGCGAUUCUUGUGGGCCGAGACGUUUCUAGGUUUUAA